GACGGCGGCGACAUGAUGGACGACAAGGGCGACGAGGUGGUCGGCGUCGUGGCGAUGGACAUGUCGCUGGGCACGCCGGGGCACGCCGUCAUCCUGGGCGUGGUGCCGGCCGACGGCAAGGGCGCCAAGUCCACGACGCUGUCGCAGGCCCUGGCCCACAUGAAACCGUACAAGAAGCACCACACCAUCCACCUGGCCAAGCCCACCUCCACGCUGUGCACCACCACGACCACGUCCACCACCGCCACCGCCGUGUCCGCGCUGCUGGGCCAGGCCAUCCAGGCGCAGGCCCUGCAGGCCAAGUCCAUCCACGCGCCGCCGCUCGUGCUGACCAAGGCCGCGCAGGCCGCCAUCAACAAGCCCACCACCAGGUCCGCCACCGGCAGCCUGGCGCUGCCCGAGGACAAGACCGCCAGGGCCGCCGCCACCCCCAUCGGCACAGAUGGCGAGCCGAUCAAGCUGCCCGACAACCUGGAGAGCCUGCCGCGCGCCGAGCACUUCCCCAGCAUCCGCCACCGCUGGAACACCAACGAGGAGAUCGCCGCGGUGCUCAUCGCCUUCGAGCGGCACGCCGACUGGCAGUCCAAGGAGGUCAAGAUCAGGCCCAAGAGCGGCUCCAUGCUGCUGUACUCCCGCAAGAAGGUGCGCUACCGCCGCGACGGCUACUGCUGGAAGAAACGCAAGGACGGCAAGACGACCCGCGAGGACCACAUGAAGCUCAAGGUCCAGGGCACCGAGUGCAUCUACGGCUGCUACGUGCACUCCGCCAUCCUGCCCACGUUCCACCGACGCUGCUACUGGCUGCUGCAGAACCCGGACAUCGUGCUGGUGCACUACCUGAACGUGCCGUACCCGGACGACAACAAGAUGGUGUCCAUCUCGCCCAGCCUGGCGCUGUGGGGUGACAAGAAAGAGUGGACGAAGGAGGAGCUGGUCUCGCAGCUGAAACCCAUGUGUGAGUCCCUGGGCCGUGUGCCCCGAGGAGCCCACCAUCGACACACGGCGUCCCACCACCAGAUGCAUCCCUUUUCCAACUCCUCGACCGUUUACAGCGAGGAUGAGCCGGACCACAACAACGAGCUCGAGAUAUCGACGGCCGAGACGGUCGAGUCCAUCGUGACGCAGCUGAUGGAGCGGCAGCGGGCGGCGCGCUCGGCCGCGCUGGCCAAGCAGCUGGAGUGCGGGUGUCCGGACUCGACCUGCGCCGACGGCAAGACCUGCUCGCACCCCAUCCGCCGCAUCACGUCGGCCAAGCCGCAGCUCACCACCGUCACCAUGGACCGCAGCAACCAGGUGUCGUCCACGACGGGCACGGGCUCGGGGACGCUCAUCACCCAGACGCAGAGGCACCACGCGACGCAGCACACGUCUCAGCACACCGCGCAGCACACCGCGCAGCACCAGAUCCACCUGUCCGAGACGCACCAGCAGCAGCUGCAGCAGCGCGUCACGGCGGCGGCGCAGCAGCAGCAGCUGCAGCAGCACCACCACCAGGCCGGCCAGCUGGUGCAGCAGGCGCCGCCGCUGGUGCUCAGCCUGUCGCAGAUCCAGACGAGCAGCCUGCUGAUACUCAACAACGCGGCCAACGGCCAGGCCAACCUGGGCCCGGCCUCCGCGCACCAGCACCAGGUCGCCACCGUCACGUCCUUCGUGCGCAACGUGCCCGGCGUGGCGCACCUUCCCCACCACCCGCACCACCACCACCACCUCAAGCCGCCCAACGCCUCGGCCACGGCCGCGGCCGCCGCCGUGGUGGAGGCCGCGGGGCUGUCGGGCAAGACGGUCGUGUCGGAGGCCUCGUCGCUGCACGCCGUCAUGAAGCAGGAGCAGGAGGCCAUGGACAUGAACACGUGCCGCAUGGCGGCCAUGACUGCCGUCAGCCAGAGCAGCAGCACCGUCGUCAGCGUCACCAGCCACAACAUGGACGUCACCAACGGCAACAUCGCAGAUUUUGUCAUGUAUGACAAUAUUGGAUUCAGUCAAGAAACUCAACACCUUCAAGUGGUCAGCAGUGCUACUAAUCAGCAAGCAAUACAUGUUGACAAAGCAAUGAGUAGCCCCCCAUCUCCCUCAAAGCAAAUGGACACCAGAUGCAGUCCAGACAUGCUUGUCACACAUCAGACUUUCUGUGAUGAUGCAGUAGGCAAUGAGAGUUGUGGCAACAAGUCCAGUGGGACUAGUGGGGCCAAUAGCAGCAGUGACGGAAGCACCACUGCAGGCUUCUUCGAUGCUCUAGAAAUGACGCAGGAGGACAUUCAACGAACAUUGUCUGCUAAUAUGCCAAUGUCUUGUGCAUCUGAUCAGAGGCUGCAUACUCCAAUGGAUACUGUCCCAUCCGUGCAGGAAACUAGUCCAGAUGAAAUGUCUCCUCACGACUUAAAUCCCAUGGACUUUAUUGAAGGCUGUGAAGUAGUGUCAGGAGCUGCAGAUGAUGAAGAUGUAUUUGUUAAUCUGGACGCCUUUGACAUGCUUGGUGAUUUUGUAGAUAUAGAUGGCCUAGAUAACACAGCAGAGAAUUCAUCUCAAAGUUCAAGAAUUAUGAUAAAUUCUGAAAAUUCUGAAUCCCCUUCAGUAGGAUCAAUAGAAUUAACUCAUCAACAACCUCAGUACCAAGAACAAACAACACUUCUUGAAAUAAAGCCAGACCAUGAUGCUGUUCUUAGUCAUUUAAAACAAGAAGAGCCUAGCCCUUUAGAAGAAAAUCAACAGCAGCAACUGCAACAGUUACAGCCUCAGCAAAUUAAUGGAAAUGUCAAUAGCAGUGAAACAAGUCUUCCAUCGGUUGAAAUUACCGAAUACUCGCCUGAAUGGGCAUAUCCUGAAGGUGGUGUAAAGGUGUUGGUCACUGGACCGUGGUAUUCAUCUUCUCCCUACACAGUUUUAUUCGACACGUUCCCUGUGUCCACAACGUUGGUUCAAGAUGGUGUGUUACGUUGCUACUGUCCAGCUCAUGAAGUUGGAUUAGCUACACUUCAAGUUGCUUGCGAUGGUCACAUUGUUUCAAAUUCUGUGAUGUUUGAAUAUAAGGAACCACCCAAGUCUCCUGUAGAGGCUGUUGGCACAGCACUCCAAGAUCAGAAGCGUGAUACUGCUGACUCCAAUUCUUUGCUCAAACUUACCCUACUUCAUAGACUGGAGGCAGUAAACCAACGGCUUCACAUUAAACAAGAACAAAGUGAUCAUUGUUCAGACCUGAUGGAAAGCGUAGGUGACUUGGAGGAAAGGCUAGUGGCACGAUGCAGACGAAUGUCCUCCUGUCAGUGGAAGGAUGUUGAAAUGCCAGUUCUUACAAGCCAUCGCAAUAUGACACUUCUACAUCUCGCAGCAGCAUUGGGGUAUCCUAGGCUCAUUUGUGCCCUUAUUCAUUGGCGAGAGGAAAAUUCAUCUCCAAUAUUAGACUUAGAAGUUGAUGCAUUAUCAAAAGAUGAAGUUGGUUUCACCCCUUUGAUGUGGUCCUGCUCUAAAGGCCAUAAUGAUGCGGCCUUGGCUCUGUACCGAUGGAAUCACUCUGCAUUGGAUUUAGUCAACAUCUUUAAUCAAAGUGCUUUAGAUGUUGCAAGAUUGUCUGGUUUUACCUCUCUUGCAUCGGAAGUUACUAAGUUAAAGAAUGAACGUCUCAAAACUAAUGCCCUUUCUCCAUCAAGCCAAUCAAAUGAUAUGCUGUCGCUUCUCUUUCCUCCAUCUCCUUCCCCAUCAUCUGGGCUUUCACCAUGCAGCUCAGUUGUUUCAAUACCAUCAUCUGCAGCGUCAUCCUCUGCAUCUACAUGCACCUCUGCUUCAGCUACUGGAACAGAUGUUUCACAGGACAGCUUAUUGGAUACAAACUCAUGGGCUUCAUUGUCAUCAUCCAGGUCUCACGAUGGGGUUUUCUUAAGACCCUUAGCAACAAGAACUCGAAGUGACGGCCAAAAACUCAAAAAUCUAGAGCUCCAAGUAAACAUUCCCCCCUCCACAUCAGCCAUGCUGAAUAACUUAGAAGCUGCAACAGAGUCAGAACCUGGAGAGAUACGACAAUCACAAUCCCUAAAACGUGGAUCUCAUCAUCUUGUAAAGAGACCAUCUGUGGACAGUGGCAUCAACCUUGGUUCUGUUCAGUCUGUUCAAUCUUCGUGUGACAGUCUCUCAUCUCUUAGAUCACUUCGAAGCAAUCGGUUUAACAGAGACAACUCUCGCAUAUCAAGAUUUGACCGCAGUAUGUCACUUCCACUAAAUUCACCUAAAUCAGCAAGUGAUUUGUUUGGGUCAAAUGGCUGUAAUUCACCAGCACGCAAAGGAGACUUCUCUCUAUGCGAAGUUACAUCUGGAGACCGGAGUGACAGUCCCCUAAUCGACAUAGAAGGAGUUUCGGAUGAAGACUCGGAAAGCAGGGAAAGUGUUGUAGGGCAGCAAGAAGUUCGUGUAUUAACUUUGGCAGAGCAAAUAAUUGCAGCAAUCCCAGAAAGAAUAAAGAAUGGAAGUGACGAUUCUAUGAUGAGUGAUGAUAGCUCCUCUCCUGGUGAUCAGAAGAAUGAAGGCCUUGAUGUGUUUAUGGACUCAUCCCUCUUGGAUGAGCCACCCUCUUCUGCCUUUGAAUCCAACGAAUUCAACUUUGAAUUCAGUGAUCAUAACUAUCGAUACUAUGAUGUGAGCACACCUAGUUCUAGUCUCAGCCCCUCAUCAAGUUGUCUUCAAUCACCUUGCUCCUUUGUGUUGGAACCCUCACCAUCACCUCCCCCUACAACAGCAGACUUCUGUGAAUUCUUUCAGGCUUCAGGAUCUCUUUUUGAAAAGGAUUUCUCUAAUCUAACUCUGUCAGAUCGUGAACAGAGGGAGCUCUAUGAAGCUGCAAAGAUCAUUCAAAAAGCAUACCGGUCUUACAAAGGACGUAAAAUUGCUGAGGAACAGGAAAAAGAGCGUGCUGCUGCUAUUUUAAUCCAAAACUACUACCGACGCUACAAACAGUAUGCGUACUUCAAACAAAUGACUCAUGCAGCAACAGUAAUUCAGAAUGGGUUCCGUUCUUAUCAAGAGCACAAGCGCUUCAAGAAAAGUAAAGAAGCAGCUGUGUGCAUUCAAACAUACUACCGUAAUUACCGUGAUCAUGGAGGACGAUCAUCCAGUUCUAGUCCAAGCUUUGAAAGCACUCCGUCCUCUGGUCUCAAGCGGACCUAUUCUCAGCGCCGACAGCAUCAAGCUGCCAGAAAAAUUCAACAAUUUAUGCGUCAAUCUAAAAACAAUGAUUGGGAUGUAUCAACAGGUCAAGUGGUUGCAGACAGAACGAGCUUUGGCAGUCGCAAAAGAGAAGCAGUGGGGCCUGUCGGAGUUCCUGGCUGCCCACCGAAAGUAGCCUUAUCACGAAACUUUGGACUGAUUCAACACCGUUCAAAAUAAGAGCAGCAGUGUCUUUGUGAAAAAGGCAGAAAUACAUACUUUUAAAUUGCAGCAUAUUUCUAGUGUUGCCACUCUCUCACUACAAUGCUCACCUCAAAUUUGCUUUUGUACCUCUUAAAGCACUUUGCCGAGGAAAUUCGUAAUAAGAUUACUGUAUUUAAUGAUAUUUGCAAUCACCACCAUUGAUUCUGGUUCAAAAACUUCUGGUAUUGUUUCAGUGUUGUUUGGUGUGUUAAGUUCUGUUAGUCUGUGGUAAACUUACUUCUGUGUGUGCUGUGCAUUGCAAAACACUUAUCCAAUGAUCGGAUUUUUGAAUGUGCACUUUUGAAUGUUGAUGACUCCCUGGCAUCAAUGUUUCAAAACUGUAUUAUGAAGGCUUUUGUGGUUGUGCUGGGUCUUCUUAUUUCUCUAUUUCCCCUAGAUUUAGAGCAUUUCUUUACAUUGUUCAAAUCAGGUGAGGAAGCCAGGGUAUUUUCUAAUAUCUCCCUUAAUGUUAUGUAUAUUCCACAUUUGUGGCGAUAUUUUUAUUCUUAUUUCUCGCAUCCAGAGUCCAGUUAGCCCCUGUUUUGUGCCAUUUUCUGCAACAUAAAGUUUUAAAAAAGUCAUUCAGAACACUUAUGUGUAUUCUUUCAAAUAUAUUUAUGAUUUUUAAUCAUGUUAUGAUAUUUUUAACCUUUGGUGCUUUCAUUUAGUGGUGCAGGAUUUAGAAAAGAAGCAUUCCUUAGUAGUCACACCAAAUCAUCAAGCUAAUUCUGUAUCCUCCGUCUUUGAAAGGUACUGUUGUUAAGUUCUGUUUUAAAAAUUUACAAGAACGGAUUUAUGGGAAUGUUAUUGUGAAGUUUAAUGAGUACCUUCUGUUAGAGGCCGGUCCUCAAAUGUACCUAUUGUUUGCUGUUCAUAUUGUUAUGUAUAAAAUGUGUACAUCCAUCCAUUCAUCCAUUUCAUUCAUCCAUUUAGAUGAGCACUCAUUAUUGAUAUGCAGCUCAUUAGUGUUAUUAAUACUUCUUGUAAAUAUGAGGAAUAUUGUGUGACCUCUGCGCCUCUCUUAUAUGUCCUCUCUAAAAGGGGUGAAGUUUUCUUGACGAUUUUUCCUUCCAAAUACUCUUGUAGUAUGUUCUGCUCAGUGGAAAAUUAAUGUUGAAAAUUUAAGGGCACAGGAAAGGCCAAAGAAUUAGUACAUCAACCUUGCAUAAUGCAUGCCUACCACCUAUAUAACAUCUUUACCCUUCAAUAGUUAAUAACAUUGUCUUUAAGAAUCAUUUAUUCUCAAUGAGGACUGCUGAUUGAGUUAAUAAUUGGGUACAAUCUAAGGUUUCUGUUUUAGUUUAUGCCAGUGUUUCAACCAGAUACAAGAGCAGAGCCAAUGAAGUUUUCUUUGUAUGUUUAGGAAUGCUCUUGGCUGUUUCUAUUUUAUGGUAUGUGACAAUCUCCUGUUUGACUGGAAUAUCACCCUUUGCUAAAGAAGUUGUUUACAGUUGCUUAGAUACCAAGGAACUUGAUGUACUACUCAUUGUACACAAACUCUUUGGUUGGGAAAUAGACUUGAUAUGGGCUUGUCUGCUUUUGAGUCAUUAGGCAAGCCUACUGUAUCUGUGAUUUGUCAGGAAAGACUAUCUGUAAAUAACUUGUCCAAAACACUGUUUCUUUAAGUUCUAUAAAAAUGAGGGUUCUUCAGUAUGUUUAGAAUUAAUUCUUCAGUUCUUCCUCAUGAACUAGUUCAAAAUUACUAGCAGAGGUCAUAUUUUUUUGUAGUUCAAAAAAUUGAUAAUUUAUGUUUUCAGGCAUGUUUCCAUUUAAUUUGUGAUUAAUCAUUCCUGUUCAAAGCCUUUCAUCCUUAUGUGUAGUAUGGGAAAAAAAUUGGUAGAAGCUUGCUGCAGCAGAAUUUUCUUCUUUUCCUCUCUUUAAACUGAUCUAUGUCAUAUUAAACUUUAAAACUUAGCUCUUUUGAUGUAAUUUUCAGUGGCCAAUUCUGCUGGUUCAUUCAUUCAAUUCGUUACUAUUCAGUCCAGAAUAUUGACAACCAAGGAACCUAAGUGAAUUCAGCUGCAACAAGUUGUUCAAGCGUCUCUCCCCUUUAAAAUUAAUGUUCAUUAAGGAAAUGUAUUUCAGGUGUAUAAGGAGAGAAGGAAAAAGACAUUCCCCCCAAUGGAAAUGUGCUUCUUAUGAGCUUUUGGUUACCCAUUACAACAACACAAGCAAUGUUUGAGCUGUUUGAGGAAAACCGCCAUUUCAUCAUCAAAUUUCAGACCAAAGGCUCAUGGGCCUCAUGUUUUCAUUUUAAUUUAUUUCUGGUUAUGCAGGGUGAUUCUCGUAGUUAAGUGCUGCACCAAAAAGGAGGGUGAAUAGAGGACCCUUAAACAUGCUCCUUUUCUAUAGAAAUAAUUUUGUCUUGCGUUGUUCCUGAUGGGUUCUCAGGCAGCUGGGGGCAUGCUUCUGUGAUCCAGGUGCCUCCUUGGAGUAUCACUUCUCCCUGGGACUCCCCUCAGCCUCAGCCUUUCUGGUGCAAUGUGCAAUGUAGGUGCUCCACGCGACGCGGUGCGCGAUGCGCGAAGGCCCUCUGAUGGGGGAAAAGGGGGUUGCACAGCCCAUAGGUCCCAAAGUAAAAAACGCUUGUUUAGGGAUCCUCUUUACCCCCUCCCAUUUGGGCCCUACUUACCAGAAUCACCCUGUGGUACACCUUUCUAGACACACUAAAAUCAACGUUUUUGCUGUUGGUUUUUCUUUGUCGAAUAUUUUUAAUCUAGGAAAUUUCCCUUUGCAAUCACAUUUAAAGUUGCAGAACACAUUUGCUCAGCUGUACAAAGUUAUAGUGUUUUACUGUAAAAAAAGUUAUUUCUAUUCAUCAGACACUGCGGUGUUUGUGAUUUUCUAUUUAAAGUAGAUCAGUAGUGAAAUCUAGUCAGGUAAUAUUUCAAGUUUCUGACAUUAUUAUAAAAAUUCAAUCCCAUGGGGUUUUACUGCAUAGAUUUUUUUAAGGAAUUCAAGUUUAAGAAAAUUCAUAAUUUAAACUCUUCAUACUUUAUGUAGGGAAAUACACAUGUAACGGUAUAUUUUGUAUUUGAGAAUUUGAACACAACUUCUUUAUAGUCGCAACCACAGCAAUAUGCUAGAUUUCAACAUAAGAAAUACUCAAAAAAACAAUUCUGCAAUCUCCGGAGCAGAAAAAGACUUUCGAAACAAAAUGCUAUCUUAGGAAAUAUACAACGCUUGCUAACUUGGAUUCUCUUUUAUUCCAUUUGAUCUUGAAACUUUUUGUUUUGUGAGUGGUUGUGCUGACAAACAGCAUAAAUGUUGCUAGCCAUUUGCUGUACUUAACUUCUCAAAGUGGUAGGAUUUCACUCCAUAACAGUUGUGAGAUGACCAUCAUUUGCUCAUCUAUAUUUUUUUUCUCUCUCUUCUCCUUAAUCAAUCACCUCUGUAUAAGUUUGAAAACUAAAUCUGAAACAGCUAAACUGGUUCCUUUCCAAACUUUUGUUAUACCUGGAUUAGUAACUCAGCAUUUAUUUAACUGUUUCUUGAUCUUAAUUUUUCAAUAUAAGUACGGUUUAUGUAUGAGACAUAUCUGCUUUGGAUGCCUUUAUAUAGAGUUAAAAAUCGGAAUAUUUAGAUUCGUUAGUAUGUAAAAGGCACAGAGAAGGAAAUAGGUCCUAAAAAGAAAAAAGGUUGGAGUGGAACUCCUGACAAGUGUUCAGUUAGCUCACAAAUUUUCAGGCUGUACUAUACGUUCUAUCAGAAACACUCCUUAGCUAAAAUUUAUAUUUUUCUACAUCUUAAGGUCAAAAUCACACAGUUCUAAACAAGUCGAGGACAGGGUUGUAAUAAGGUUGCAGUGUCUUAUUGUUUCAUGUCAAAUUUUUAAUUCUAUUGGUUGGUCCUUAAUUUAUUGAUUCUAAUGGUGUUUGCAAAGCUUGGUUUGCUCUCCAAUAUUCCACAGAUGAUAGUUAGCAGCUGUGUUGUGAGUUAAAAUUCUUCAAGAUACAAUUUUAAUCUGGUCAACUCUCUUUGCAUCUUGUAAAAUUUUGUAGAUAAUAAUAUUGAUUAAUUUUGUGCUAUAAUGUACUUAAGAGUUCCUGUUAACAGAGGCAAAGUUUUUGCAACUUUGCAAGGUGUUUCUUUUUGCUGACACUUUGACAUCGAAGCAAAUAGCAGUGUCUUGCCACGAGCUCGAUGUAUGUUAUUAUGCAUUGAAAAGGCUGUGUGUUUCCUCUUCUUCCUAACACUCUUUUCCAAAUGUUGAUUUCUGCUUGUCUCAAGUGGAGUGAUCUUGUGACUUAAAAAUUAGAGCAUCCAUUUCUGUAACAUCUGUCACAAAAAAGGGAAUUCUGCAUAGUGCUGGAUGGUUCAGAUGGUAUAUUCUUUUAGAGAUUAAGCUCCAAUUGAGGGGUGGAUUUUUCUAGUAGGGAAAGGAGAAAUGGAGCAAGUUGAUUAAUAAUUUUUUACAGUAGUUUUGUAGCUUUCUUUCUCAAAUGAACCAUAUGCACAUCUUAGCGUGUGUGAGGAAACCAUAACACCAAUUAAAUUUUAAUAACAUUUUCAAUUUUUGGAUAAAGUUAGUUGAUAGGUAUCAACCCUCGCUGGUGGUUAUUUUAAAAGCCAACUCCAGUGAAUUUUUCAUUUUAAAUGUAGAUCUUUAUGUAUUCAGAUGUAGCUCAAUGCGCUUCAUUCAUGAAACACUUUUUCUAAUUUUUCAUUUUGUGGUCUUCUCUUAUCUUUGUCCUGAAGCUCUCAGAAAAUUAGUAGUAUUUUUAUCAAUAUUGAUCUCCAUUAUCCAUUUGUACUUAAAAGCAAGCACUCUCUAGUCUAGCUUAGGUCGCUUUUUAAUAAAUUUAUGAGGACAGCGGUGUUCUUAAUGAGCAGUCAAACUUAUAUUUCUAGGGCAUAAAUUGCUCCAAAUUAUGGUUGCUUCUGUUAACUUCCGAUAAUUUCAGAAGUCAUCCUCUUCAUGUCCUGUUCUGUGUUAAUUAUGUGAUGGUUGGAGCUGUAAGGAUUUUAUUUCUGAGUGUUUCAUAUGAUUUCUACCUGAGUGAUCGUAUUAAGAUUUUCAAGUACCUGUACUGUGACAUUUUUAAUGGUGUGGUGGAAGGUGCUCUCUAUUCCAAAUUGCAAACACAUCAAUCAAUAUUUCAUGUACGUUCCUGCCUAUUUUUCUCCAUGCACCUUGAUGACUCUGACUCACAUAAGCAAGUUAUUUUGCAUUAUGCUUCUCAGAUUGACUGUUGGGUCAUCAUGGUGCUGCUCAGGCACCAUAACUGCAAUUUUGAGUCCAUCGUCUGCAACUUUAAAUGCCACACUGUGCUCAAAACUACUUUAUUGAGGUUUUAGAUUGUUUCUUUUUUUGGAGAUGCAAGUGACAUCUGCUUUCAAAUGUGAUGCAUACCUUUUGAAAAUGAAGGAUGGUAUGGAAGUGAUGUGGCUGAAUCAGUAAUUGGUGAAGGGAUAUAAGUUAACUCCAUCCUUGUACAUAAGUUGUUGAAUAUUGAAAAUUUUAUUCUUUAAAGCAGUUAUACUUUAAUUUUUUCUUACUGAGUAGUUUUAUGUAAUGUAUAAUAAGAUUCAUACAUAUGCUUCUUCAAAUAAUUUAAUCUCUUUAAGUGCAAGCAAGUUUAAAGCAAGUACACAAUGUCUACCUAAACAUAAGUAAAUUUUUAUGAACAUAGUAAGUCAGGGGAUCUGCCUGAAAACAAGGCAAUAGUUUGGGGUCUGUAGUUCAAUGCUGCUAAUAAACUCCCCACUUGGUCAAGAUUUGAUUUGUUGUGUGGCAUUUUAUCUACAACAAUGUUACUGAAAGUCACUUGCCCCUGCCAAAGUAUUUUAUUCACACUACAGUUCUCUUCCUGUGGACUUUUCUUUGAAACAUUCAUUUCUUCAAUGCAAAUAUGAUUGGUUCUGGCAGCUUUCCUUAGCAGUUCUCUUGCACUUCAAAUUUCUUUAUUAAGGAAGUCAAAACCCGUGAGAGUGCUUUAUUGUCUUCAGAUGAUGUAAGUUAAUAUUUAUUCUCCUUUGUGCCAACAGAAGUACAUGUAUACUCAAAACCUUGUAUUUCACUUCUGUUUAUUUAAAGGAAUGGCUUUGGUUUGUAAGGAACCUUGCAUUCCCAAGGUUUUGAAGCAAUAAAUACUAUCAUUUAUUAAAUAUUUACAGUGGGGUAGUUUUGCUAAAACUGGAUGUUUAACUUACAACGCAGUUCUAUCUGGUGUUUUUGAAGGCCAAAGGCAAUAUUUCACCCUGUUUAUGAGGUGCUGAUGAAUUUGAACUUAUUUUUGUUGUUGUCACAGCUCGUUAGCUUUGUUAGGUUCUGUUGUUGAUGUAUGAAAAAUUAUAUUUUAAGCAAAAGUUUCUGGAAUAAGUUUACGAACGAUUCUUUGUUGCACAUAUUUUUUGUAUCAUACAUUAUUUUAAGUGAAAAACCAAGUUAGCAAAAACAUGCAUAAGCAUGGAUUACUGGCAACUAACCCGAUGUCUAGUAAGAAUGUGAUUAAUUAUUAUUAUUAUAAAUGCUGCCGCAUUUUUAGUUCUAUUUCUUGGAUAAGUAUUAAUAAAAGCUAUUUGUGAAGCUUAAUGCUGUUUUGGGAGAACUGUGAUUCUUUUGGGAAUGGCUGACUAAACUUGUAAAUUGUGUACCUAUUUGGAAUUUUAAUAACUUGCGGGCAUGUUGUUUUCUUGUUAAGCUGCUUAUUUUAAAAUACCUUGCUUUUUCAGUAUUUGUUCAGUCAUCCAUGGAAAUUACACUAGUAGCUCCUAAGCUAGUCAUUUUUUUCCUCAAACUUUGUGAUUUUGUGACAGAAACUUUUAUUGUCCUACUAUAUUAUCAAAUUUUUAAACCUUCCUAUCACAAACAUGUAUUGUAGAUUCUUGGGCUGUUGAAAUAAAAAUGUAUCUUAUUUCUUCGAA